UUCCUUUCAUCUUUCAUUUUCCAAAUUGUUCCAAAUUCCAAAACAAACAAAAACAAACCAUCAAACCAAUAAAUAAAAAUAAACGAAUAAAAGAAAAUCAAAGAACCAAAACCAAAGGAAAAACAACUCCCAUAAUCAUACUAUCAUACAGAAAUAUUAUUAAUACCUUGAUUAAAGUGCAAUAAAUAUUACGAGAGUUCAAUGGAAGUAAAACCAGAACAAGACAAUUAUUUUUCGGAAGAAUGUAAAAUCAAAAUAGAAAAUCAGGAAUUGCUGUAUGUUGGAUCUUCCUAUUCUGUAAAAAGUGAAAUAAAGGAAGAAUUAGUUAAGACAGAUUCGUUUAUUGCUGAUUCCAGUUCUUUUGUGGAAAACAACUUUAAAGCUGAACUAAAACAUAUUGAAAAUGUGAUGGAACCUAAACAUGCAGUUAAGGAGGAAUCUGACCAAAGUCACUCGGAGAGUCAACUAUGUACAUCAAUUAUCCUUGAAGACCUUAAGGAUGAACCAAAAGGAGAUGUUUCAGGUUAUCAAGAGUCAAAUAAUAGUUUGCACAUUGAAGAAAAUUCAUGUCCAGUUUGUUGCAAGCAGUUUUCUCGAAAGAAUGAAUUAAAAAGACAUCAUCAAACUCACUAUGAAAAAACUCACCAAUGUGAAAUAUGCUUUAAAUGGUUUCAUCGACAUAGUAGUCUCAUCUCCCAUAAAAAAAUUCACACUGGAGAGAAACCUUAUCAAUGUAAAAUUUGUUCGAAGCGGUUUUCGCAUAGUUGUGUUUUGAACGUACAUGUCAGAAAGCACACUGGCUUAAAAUCUUAUCAGUGUGAAGUUUGCUCUAAGUCAUUUUAUCAAUCAAGUGAUCUUAAAACACAUAUGAGAGUUCAUACCGGAGAAAAACCUUAUCAAUGCGAAAUCUGUUUGAAGGACUUUUCCCGAAGACAAGAUUUGAAAAGACAUAUGAGAAAGCACACUGGGGAGAAACCUUAUCAAUGCAGAACUUGUUCCAAGUCGUUUUCUGAGUCAGGUUAUCUUAGAAUACACAUCAGAAUUCAUACUGGAGAAAAGCCUUAUCAAUGCGAAAUGUGUUCAAAGUCGUUUUCCCAAGCACUUAAUUUGAAAGAUCAUAUGAACCUGCAUACUGGGGAAAAGCCUUAUCAAUGUGAAGUUUGUUCCAAGCCGUUUUCACAGACAAGGACUUUGAAAGUACAUAUAAGAAAACACACUGGCGAAAAACCUUAUCAAUGCGAAAUGUGUUCAAAGUCGUUUUCCCGUGCAGGUACGUUGAAAGAACAUAUGAUGACACACUCCAGAGAAAGACCUUAUCAACAUCAAUGUGAAAUUUGUUCCAAGUCGUUUUCAAAAAGGAGUGCUUUGAAAGUACAUAUCAGAAAACACACUGGCGAAAAACCUUAUCAGUGUAAAAUUUGUUCCAAGUCGUUUUCACAAAGGAAUGCUUUGAAAGUACAUAUCAGAAAACACACUGGCGAAAAACCUUAUCAGUGUGAAAUUUGUUUAAAAUCAUUUUCUCAGUCAGGCGCUUUGAAAAAACACACAAUGAGAAUGCACAAUCAGAAUCAGCAAAGUCUGCAAAUCUGAGCUCCUCUUGCCGAUGCCACCCCGAACCUCUAAUUUCCCAGAAAUCUUAUGGCCUCACAAAAAGCCACAAGUCUCUUAAAAUGCAACUCCCUCACCUAGCUCGGAUACAUAGGUGCCGAUCCCAGGAUCUGCCAUCUCUGAUAGGCCAAUGUCGGGCGUCCCCAGAGGACAUGGUGAGGAGGUUUCCUCCUCGUCAUUACAUAGACGGCACAGCCAUCCGCCAGUCCAAGCAGAUGAAGGUGCCGUCGGAAUCUACAGUAGCCUGUGAGCAUACUGACCACCAGGGAGCAUCUUCUACAAUCUAGAAGAAGCAGUUGGGCUGUGAGGCUUUUGAAUGACCCCACUAUGUGGAGCCGAGCCUCCCUCAAACCUCUACAACCGGCUCAGGAGUCCUGGAACCUCCGCAGAAGAAGCUCCCUGAGUCUACCCCGACCAGUACCGAAGGGCAUCCCAAUCACAGGUUCGAAUCUGAAUGAAUAUAUUGUGUCGUAAAGUCUAGUAGACUGAGCCGCUAUAGGCUAUAGGUGAAAUUUCUUAAUCAUUUUAGGCACGAUGGGACCCUAUAACUUAAAUAGUAGAACCUAAAGGAAAAGGUUUGAACACUGUGUCGUCACUUUUCAGUGGCACAUGCGUCGACAUGCGUUUCAGUGGCACAUCAAACUUUCCACUUAUGGACGGGAUAAAUAAAUUAAAAGUUACCCUCCCUUACUAACAGAAUUCAAUUUUUUUUAUUUUUUAAGUUCUAUGUGAUUAACACAUAAGAUUCAGCGUAAUUUUAACCCACCACCCCUUUCCCCCUGUCCCCACCAUCAAAAAAAAUUCAUUUUUCGUUUUUAUUUUUUUGCUGGGAUCCAAUCAAUUUUAAAAUUUCAAAAAAUUCACUCUUUAUAAAACAUGUCAAUUUUUUAUAGCCCGUAGGUAGAGUGUACCUAACCUCAAAAAAAUUUAAAAAAAAAAUUUCAAAAAAGCGUAUAAUUUUUUUUUGGGGAAUAGCUGCAGGUCUAAUUUUUUCUUAAUCUUGUGUGUUUUAUCCAACACUAUAUUUAUAAUUUUUUCAGAUUUUCCGUAAGGCUCGCCACCUUCAAGAAUCCGAAAAACUGUUUUUUGGGGGGUUUUUGGGGAUUUUCCCUAUUUUAUAGAUUUCAUAAUAUAUCAAAUCAAUUUUGAUUUUAUAAGUUAUAUGUAAAGACGUACAACGAAGUAACUGAGUCCUUUAGAAUAUUUAAAAAUGGGAGAAACACGUUCAAAACCCCCUUAAAAAACAGUUUUUGGAUUUUUGAAGGCGACCAGCGUUACAGAAAAAUCUGAAAAAAAAUUAGAAAUAUAGUGUUUGAUAAAAUACACAAGAUUAAAAAAAAUAGAUCUGCAGCUACCCCAAAAAAAAAGUUAUAUACUUUUCUCAAAAAAAAAGAUUCUUUAAAUUUUUUGAGGUUAUGUACACUCAACCUACAGGUCUAUAAAAAAUAGACGUGUUUUAUAAAAGCCUUAACUAUGCGUGUGAAUCUUUUGAAAUUUUAAAAUUGAUUGCAUCCCACCAAAAAAAAAAUAAAAUCAAAAAUAAAGUUUUUGAUAGUGGGGGCCGGGGUAAGGGGGUGGUGGGUUAAAAUUACGAUGAAUCUUAUAUCUUAAUCCCAUAGAACUUAAAUAAAUGAAAAAGAAAUGAAUUCUGGUGGUGAGGGAGGGUAUUUUUUAAUAUAUGUAUCCCUCCAUAAGUGGAAAGUUUGAUGCGCCACUUUCGACGCAUGUGCCAUUGAAAAGUGACGGCACAGUGUUCAAACCUUUUCUUUUAGGUUCUAUUAUUAAAGUUAUAGGGUCUCAUUGUGCCUAAAAUGAUUAAGAAAUUUCACCUAUAGCGGCUCUUAGUCUAUAGUAAGUGCCUGUUGUUGUCAGGAAAUAUAAAUUUUAAUCAAUUAUGUUUUAGUGUUGAUAAAUUUAAAAUAAUGUUAAGUGCAAAUAAAUUAAUAUAAGUGCAAAAUAAAAACUAAAUAAAAUAGGUGUAAAUUUAUUAGUAAAUCACAUUACAAUACUUAUUAAUGAGAAGUUUGUUUUGCCAUACAAUUUCUUAUCAUACUAUUGCGAUAUACUGUAGAUAUGUAUAUUCUGUAUUACAAUAUAAUUUAUAUUUUUCAAUGCAUCUAAUUACUUUUCCCGAGUGUAAGAAAAAUUAGUUAUUCUGUAGUAAAUAUAUCAAUUAAUUGGGCUUUCAAAAUAUUCACAAUAAAUGUCUCUAAAAUAGUGUUAUUACUUACAUGAUCGACCAUUGUUAGUGUAAAUCGACACAGCUACCAUUAUUGGGCUCAUGAAAAUCCUGGUUCACCAUACCUAGUGUUAUUAGAGUUAACAGAUCUGUUUGUUCAAAUUAGAUGCACGGCAAACUUUCGCAUUAUAGCAUAAACCUAAGGCUUUAAUGAAUGAGGAUUUAAUGAGUAUUAGAUGGCCAACAAUAUACCCCGAUGUAAAUUCCAUUGGCUUCUUCCUAUGAAGUUGUUUAAAAAUUAAAAUGUAUAAUACUAUUCCUGCUUCAUUGACAUAACUAAGACGACGAAUAGUGCAUUAAUGUAGUCUAAUAACCGCUGAAAUGCUUCCAAAGGUGUGUCAUAAUUUCGAACAGCGAUUUUUUAAUAAAAAGAACAUUGAUAAAUAUCUUUUUAUAUUAAUUAAAUAAUUAUAGCUGAUAAGUAAACUGUUUUGAAUUCUGAAUUUAUUAAUUUGAAAUUUUGCUCAUUUACAUUAAAAAUGUCUAAACAUUUUCAAUUUCGUUGCAACCCGAAAUUGCAGCAGCAUUAUAUUCUAGUUUAAUCAGAGAGUGCAGGAAGAUUAUAUACCGGUUUCGGGGCUUUUUUGCCCCAUCAUCAGUAGACCCAUAUCCUCUUCUCUCCGAUUGAACCAGGACACCUGGACGCGUGCCAUCCCCGAUUGCAACCAUUUCGUUCGUUGCAUUUACGUUACAUUUAAUAAAGGUUCUUAUCAAUACUGUAAAUUUAAUACUUUCUUCGUUGGUUUUUAAAAAUCGCACCUAUCAUUGUUACCGUCAACAAGUUUUUAUAG